CUUCUGUUCCCGGGCCACCCCUUUAGCUCUCAGUUGGGCUAGGGGUCCGGCUUGUGUUCCCACCACUUCAUACACACGCCCCAUCUUAAGUUGGGAUCGAAGCCUCUUAAAAUGGCAGAUGAUUUGGACUUCGAGACAGGAGAUGCAGGGGCCUCAGCCACCUUCCCGAUGCAGUGCUCAGCAUUACGUAAGAAUGGCUUUGUGGUGCUCAAAGGCCGGCCCUGUAAGAUCGUGGAGAUGUCUACCUCCAAGACUGGCAAGCACGGCCAUGCCAAGGUCCACCUGGUUGGUAUUGACAUCUUUACUGGCAAGAAAUACGAAGAUAUCUGCCCGUCGACUCAUAAUAUGGAUGUCCCCAACAUCAAAAGGAAUGACUUCCAGCUGAUUGGCAUCCAGGAUGGGUAUCUAUCGCUGCUCCAGGACAGCGGGGAGGUGCGAGAGGACCUUCGUCUGCCCGAGGGAGACCUCGGCAAGGAGAUUGAGCAGAAGUAUGACUGCGGAGAAGAGAUCCUGUUACGAGAGUCAGAGGAGCUCCUCAGAAGAAGAUACCACAGGGAUCUUUGUGACUUUGACCUCGCCUCUUUGGAAGCUGAGAAGGAGAGAGUGGAGGUGCGGAAGACGGAGGCAGGACUGGUUCUGGGCCCGGAGGAGAAGCCCUACCCAAAAGCCCUCCUCAUCCCCCAUUCUCAGAGGCCUUGCUGA